AAGUUACAGUCCAGCGUCAAGGGUCGUUCUAUUUUAACAUCUUCCGGACUUCCUUCUUAUCAACUCAGAACGCGCAACCGUCUUCAAGCAUGACUUCAGAAGAAAACAAACGUCGCGCUGAGGCGCUAAUUCCUAAAUUUCACUUCGAGCGCAUAUUGAACCAAGAUGCGGGAGGGCGGGACAUUACGCUAUACGGACAUGUCGACUCGCAACCCGCCCUCCUAAUAAUAGAGCGUGCCCCUUUCCCCGACGCAGAAGAGUACCUCUCUGUCUUGCCCGCCAACCUACGAAGUAUAACGAACCUGGGAAAUAAUGAUAUAUAUUCUUGGUUCCUUGCCUCGGGCGGACCUAUUCUCAAGGACAAUGAGAACGACAGAUUUGCCGAUUUCAAGAUUUCUAUGAUCUGUCCCUGCACAGAUAAGCACAUUAAGAAGCACAGCAGACAAGGCUUCCGCUUCGUCACGGAGACACCGGAAAUCUACCACGAAAAGGUGCGGCCAUAUAUGCAGACGAACCGAGAGGAAGGAAGAUUAAACUGGGUUUUCAACAUUAUCGAAGGGCGAAAAGAAGUCGAAGACGUUAUUUACAGGACGCCGCUGGGAAGAGACGGAGACGAAGGUUUCCUGAUGCUGCCAAACCUCCACUGGGAUCGGAAAACAAUCGACGCAUUGCAUUUACUGGGUAUAGUCGAAAGACGAGAUAUCUGGAGCCUGCGAGACCUCAAAAAGAAACAUAUCCCGUGGCUUAAACACAUGAAGGCCAAACUCAUAGACGCCACGGUCAAGACGUAUCCUCAGAUCGACACAGAUCAGCUGAAGCUGUUCUGUCAUUACCAUCCAACAUAUUACCAUUUUCAUAUCCACGUUGUACACGUCAUGCUAGAGGCGACUGCUACUCAAUCGGUCGGAAAGGCGAUCGGAUUAGACAGCAUCAUCGAACAGCUCGAAUGCAUGUCAGGAGACAGUGAGACAGGUAUGGAUAGUGUUUCGCUAAGUUACACGCUGGGUGAGGCAUCGGAUUUAUGGACGGAAAUAUUCGAACCACUUAAGAGCUCUGGUAGAGCUUCUCAACCGCAAUAAUAAGGUCGUUCACGGCCGGCCCGUGGUCACAAUCUGACCACUCCCCACCGUCUCUGAUGCA